AUGGCCGCGGACGACUCGUACACGGCAGCUGACGAGCGCGCCCGUGCCGCCCGGAGGCGGGCAUCCAGGCGAAGAAGGACGAACAGCCGGCGAACACGACGCGGAGUUACGCGGCGAAGCAGCGGAGUGGAAGGCGCGUCCCCGGCCGGUCCUCCACUUCGAUCCCUGUCACACGGCUCGCUCUAUAGCUGGCCCGACGGCGAGCUCGUAACGCCGGACAAGCUGGCGGCGUGGCUCAAAGAGGAUAUCCUGUUACGACGCGUUGUGCCGCCGCAGAAGAAGAAGCCGCGCGCGCGGCCUCGCGACGGCUGCAGUAGACCUUACCGAAGGGUCUUUGCUUACGAGGGCACUAUCGACGCCUAUAUCGCGGCCGUUAUCGAGCUAUGGAGGCUCCAGGUGGCUCACGGCAACGCGAAUACGGAGAAUCCCGGGGCGCCGCCGUACGAGGAUUCCUUGAGCAACGGGGCCGGCAGCGGGGAGCACGACCGCGCCUCCUUUAAAGACCGCGGAAGCGACGGGAUCCAGGCCGGCUACCUCCCCGAUGAAUGGCUUCGGAUCCAGGAUCUCCUUCUCACUGGCGCCGCGUAUACGCCGCAAAACCUCCGUACGCGAGUCGACCUCCUCUUCGGCCACUACUACCUCUUACGGGGGGAGAACCGGCGCAAGAUGGAGCUUGCAGACCUAUCCCUACUCGACUAUCCGCCUUCGGAGGCCCGACCCCUGUGGUUGCCUGGGGCCCUAGCACAGCUCUUCUUUUGGCGCUGGCACGUCGCCGGCGAACCGCCCCCGUCCUUCCGGCGCCGUCAGGACUGGUAUCGGAUCAAGGUCCUCGUCGGGCGGGACCGCGAGCAGGAGCUCUCGUACCCGACGCAGCUACAAGAGACCUGGCGUAUCUUCGGCGCUGCCGGCCUUAUCGCGUCGAAGAAGACGCACCUCCCGCGCAGGGUGGGCGCCCAGGACGCGGAGACCCAUGGCACGUCGCUCGCCCAGAUCUCGCAGGCCGGCCGCUGGAACCAGAGCGUGCUCUGCCAGGCAUAUCUUACGCACCUACCGCGGCAGUUCAUGCGUAUCGUCGCCGGCUUCUCGGCCUCCCGGGGACUACUUCCUCGCGCGUGCGGCUCACGAACCCCGUACGUCUUACAAAAGCAGCUGUGGCCGUGGAUCGAGGUGGGAACCCGCUUUGAGGCGCGGGCGCGCCGGCAAUGCUGGGCAGAAGGCGGUCUCGACGACGACGACCUAGCCGCUGACGGCUUCCUUAAGCUUAUGCGGCGCCUGCGUAUAGUACUUCUGCAGGACCUGGCCGUCCUACAGCUCCGCUACCCGUCGCUACCGUUCUUCGCCUACGCCCCUUUUGGCGGGCCCGAGUGGGACGAGUUCGCCGUCGCCGUGCGGUCCACCGCGGUAGGGGCUAUGGAGCCGGUAAGCCUGCUCGUACGACGCGCGCUGCCGGAACUAAGCGGCGUCAUAGAGAGCACGCGGGAGGCCCUGUUACAGAAUAGUCAGCGGCUCGCCAUCCGGCAGGCCCGGCUGGACGGGAUUCAGGGCGGCCUCGAUGCCCUCCUCCAAGGCAAGGUCCCUAUCACCUUUACCGGCUACUUCGGAGCCGGGUCAGCAGAGGCGCUGGCCCCAGCCCCGGCCCCGGCCCCGUCAACAGUACCUACCUUGAAUCUCAAUACAGCUCCGGCCCCGGCCCCGGCCCCCGCCCCAGAGCCUCUGGUACCAGGCAUGCCUAUCGUCACAGCCCUGGCAAGGGUCUUUACGGUGGGGGACGUCUGGAAGGAAUGGGGUGAAGGGUUUGCAGGUCAGAAGGCCGUACGGGAGCUGGAAGAGACGUGGGAAGCCGCUGGCGCCGGGAACGGGGUCAGAGUGCAGUUCUGUCGCCGGAAGGUGAUCUGGGACGAGCUGUUGGCCCGUAUGGCGUCCGGCAAAGGAGGCGGCCGUUGCAGAGCUAGAGCUGUUACGCGCCGGCCGAAGCGAACCGACUCGUCGACGAGCUCAAACAGCGCCGACGGCGGGGCCAGGAUCGGGGCCAGGGCCAGGGCCAGAUACGGGUACAGGUAG